AUGCGCGGUAGACCAGCCGCGCUGCUCCAGCAGCCCAGAGUCAGACGUAGGCUGUCUUUGUCCCUGAAGCCCAGGCCAGAGGGCAGACUCCGGCUGGCAGAGGUCCAGCCCUUUCUACCCACGUGGUUGGCUGAGCCAAGCCAGGUGGGCAAGAACGUCUCUGAGCACCUUGUUCCCAUCGAAGAUGUCCCCGAGGUCCAUCCAGACCUGCAGAAGAAACUUCGGGCCCAGGGCAUCUCCUCCUACUUCCCAGUCCAGGCAGCUGUCAUCCCCACCCUCCUGGAGAGCACCGCUGGGGGCUUGCUGGUGGGGAGGGGAGGCUUUCAGCCCCGAGACCUCUGUGUCUCGGCCCCAACAGGCAGUGGGAAGACACUGGCCUUCGUGAUCCCCGUGGUCCAGGCCCUGUUGCACCGCGUGGUGUGCCAAGUUCGAGCCUUGGUCGUGCUGCCCACCAAAGAGCUGGCCCAACAGGUGAGCAGAGUUUUCAACAUCUACACAGACGCCACACCCCUGCGGGUGGCCCUGGUCACCGGGCAGAAGCCGCUGGUCAGGGAGCAGGAAAGCCUUGUCCAGAGGACAGCAGAGGGCUUCCGCAGCCUGGCUGACAUUGUGGUGGCCACCCCUGGCCGCUUGGUGGACCACAUUGACCAGACUCCUGGCUUCAGCCUCCAGCAGCUGCGCUUCCUGGUGGUUGACGAGGCAGACCGAAUGGUGGACAGCCAGCACCAGGCCUGGCUGGCUCGGGUGACGGCAGCUGUGUUCAGGAGAGAGGGCCCUUCGGACCCCUGGGCCUUGUUUCAGCGGGUACCCCCCAAGGCUGUCACUGCUGCCAGCACCUGGGUCCCCCAGCUGCCCCUGCAGAAGCUGCUCUUCUCAGCCACCUUGACUCAAAACCCCGAGAAGCUGCAGCAGCUGGCCCUCCACCAGCCUCAGCUCUUCUCCACGGGGCUGGAGUGCAGAGGGCCUGCAGGCUCUGAUGAGGGUACAGGUGGGAAGUAUACCUUCCCUGAGGGGCUGGAGCAUCACUACGUGCCCUGCAGGCUGAGGGCCAAGCCCCUGGCCGUCCUGCACCUGGUCCGGGCCAGGGGCCUCUCCAGGGUGCUCUGCUUCACCAACUCCCGAGAGCACUCCCACAGGCUCUUCCUGCUGGUCCAGGCCUUCGGGGGAGUGAGCGUGGCUGAGUUCUCGUCCCGCCACGGGCCCGGGCAGAGGAAGAAGAUCCUGAAGCAGUUUGAGCAGGGCAAGGUUCAGCUCCUCGUGAGCACAGACGCCACGGCCCGCGGCAUCGACGUGCAAGGCGUGGAGCUGGUGAUCAACUACGAUGCUCCUCAGUAUGCAAGGACCUACGUGCACAGGGUUGGGCGGACUGCACGAGCUGGACGCGCUGGACAGGCCUUCACGUUGCUGCUCCGGGUGCAGGAGAAGAGGUUCCUCCGGAUGCUUGCUGAGGCAGGCGUGCCCACGCUGGGCCGGCACGAGAUCCCCGGGGAGCUGCUGGAGCCACUGGGCCCGAGCUACGAGGCGGCCCUGGCCCAGCUGGAGAAGGCUGUCAGGGAGGAGCGAAAGCAGAAGGAGGCCUAGGUGCCCGUCUUGGGGAAACACCACCACCCAUGGAGGGGCCACCUCCCACCAAACCCAUGAAGCUGAUGGUCUGCACCCAGGACCGUGGGGGUGGAGGCAGGGGCCAACCCUGGCUGGACAGAAACCUCAAAUUCCACCUUGUAAGCCUGAGGGGCUGCAGCCCUGAGUGCUGGCCUGCCUAGUAUAGGUGCUCAAGCAGGGCGGGACCACUUCUGCUGUGACGGGGUCUAGCCAACUGCUACCCAGGUAUAUAAAGGAAGCUCCCCGUGGGAACUUCACGUGUAAGCCAGAGUCAGUCGGAUGCUCCUCUUCUGUGUGAGUCUUGUCGAUGGGAGCACAAGUGUCAGUGUCCGGGAAUGAGCGCCCUUAAAGAGCCAGUCAGCCAAACAGAGUGUGAGUGCGUGCGUGCGUGCAUAGGAAUAGGUGAGCAAAGAUUGGAGCACGGGUUAGCACGGGUUCAGCUGUGUCUGAGGAGGAGUUGGGAUGAGUCAGGGCGACCGUGUGCACCUUCGUUCGGCAGCACCGUCCCCCAAAGGGAAGGGCCGAUGGUCCGUCUUAGGUGGUUGAACACUGUCUUUGUGGGCUCGGUUGUGAGUGUUCACCGUGGUGCCCAGUGUGCUCCGUCUACCACGUUCAUGGGCACACCGGCAGUACUGAGACAUCCUGUCCAACCUGCAAAGAUGCAGCCUGUUUGUCUCCCCUGCCCCAUCAUUCCUUGUCAGCUUCCUCAUCUACACAAAGGCUGAGGGAGCACCGAGUCAGCUGGCUGGUAUCCUGGCCCCUUGCAGACGCUUACAGCAGCCGUCAUCCACCACCACCAAGGGACACUUACAGCCUGGAGACGCAGGCUCCAGAAAGAUGGGAGGGAGAAUAAAAUAUAAAAUACAGGUGCAGGCAAAGCCCUCAGGAAUUCAAGGAGAGUGUGUGCACAGCCAGGGUGAACAGGACAGCACUGAAAUACACAUGCAACUUCACAGAGCCCCGUGAAGUACAGGAGUCCAGAGAUAAACCCCCUACACCUAUGACAAACUGCUUUUUGACGUGAGUGCCAAGCCUGUUCAAUAGAAGUUCUUGGGGUUGUCACCAUCACACAGCUGGUGACUUCUAGACAGCAGGGCAGAGCGUGCUGCACGCCGUGCCAGAUGAUCUUGGAAGCUUCCUGUGAGCCGGUAAGUGCUGGAGAACAGCCGGAGUCCACGUGCUGCAUCACCACCACCACCCUCCACGGAUCCACGGGCAGUCUGGCCCCUAGGGUGCUGUAAGAGGCAACUGCAAGGACUGCUUGUCUAGCCUGCCUUUAGUGCAAGAACGGGAAACAAGACAGGCUCUCCCAUCAAAGGUUGGUCUCAGAAACACACCGGGGCAGUUUUACCCUCGCCUACGGGGCCUCCACGGUGCAUCUCCUCAAUGGCAGCGGUUUGGUUUUGCACGAAUAGGAACUUGGACUAUGCCUCAUUAAAGACAUGAUACCAACAACAA